UUCGGGCUGAAGAUUUGGGGGAUUACUCUUCUACUCCCCCAAAUCACUUUGGAUUUUGGAAACCAGAAGAGUGAGGAAAGAGGUAGCAAGAGCGCCAGAGAGAAGUCGAGGAAGAGAGAGACCGGGUCAGAGAGCGUGCGAGCGAGCAGCGAGCGGGACAGGGGCAAACUGAGUGACCUGCUUUUGGGGGUGAACGUCGGAGUGCGGCCUGAGCCCUCCCCCUCCGGAUCCCGCAUCGGACCAGCAGCGCUGACAGACAGACAGACAGACACCGCCCCCCACCCCAGCGCCCACCUCCUCCCGGGCGGGCGGCGGACGGUGGACGCGGCGGCGAGCCGCGGGCAGGAUCCGGAGCCCGCGCCUGGAGGCGGGGUGGAGGGGGUCGGGGCUCGCAGCGAUGCACUGAAACUUUUCGUCCAACUUCUGGGCUGUUCUCGCUCCGGAGGAGCUGUGGUGCGUUCCGGGGGAGCCGAGCUGAGCGGAGCCGAGAGAAGUGGUAGCUCGGGCCAGGAGGAGCCGCAGCCGGAGGAGGGGGAGGAGGAAGAAGAGAAGGAAGAGGAGGAGGAGAGGGGGCCGCGGCAGCCGCGGCGGCUUGGCGCUCGGAAGCCGGGCUCAUGGACGGGUGAGGCGGCCGUGUGCGCAGACAGUGCCCCAGCCGCGCGCGCGCCCCAGGCCCCGGCCCGGGCCUCGGCUCGUGGAGGAACAGGAGCCCUACUCCGCGCGGAGGAGAGCGGGCCACCCCGCAGCCUGAGCCGGAGAGGGAGCGUGAGCCCCGUGGGCUCCGGCCGAGCAUCCGAAACCAUGAACUUUCUGCUCUCUUGGGUGCAUUGGAGCCUUGCCUUGCUGCUCUACCUCCACCAUGCCAAGUGGUCCCAGGCUGCACCCACCGCAGAAGGAGGAGAGUCGAGACCCCAUGAAGUGGUGAAGUUCAUGGAGGUCUACCGGCGCAGUUUCUGCCGUCCAAUCGAGACCCUGGUGGACAUCUUCCAGGAGUACCCCGACGAGAUCGAGUACAUCUUCAAGCCGUCCUGUGUGCCCCUGAUGCGGUGCGGGGGCUGCUGCAACGACGAGGGCCUGGAGUGUGCCCCCACUGAGUAUUUCAACAUUACGAUGCAGAUUAUGCGGAUCAAACCACACCAAGGCCAGCACAUAUCAGAGAUGAGCUUCCUACAGCACAGCAAAUGUGAAUGCAGACCAAAGAAAGAUAAAGCAAAGCAAGAAAAAAAAUCAGUUCGAGGAAAGGGAAAGGGGCAAAAACGAAAGCGCAAGAAAUCCCGGUAUAAAUCCUGGAGCGUUCCCUGUGGGCCUUGCUCAGAGCGGAGAAAGCAUUUGUUUGUACAAGAUCCGCAGACGUGUAAAUGUUCCUGCAAAAACACAGACUCACGUUGCAAGGCGAGGCAGCUUGAGUUAAACGAACGUACUUGCAGGUGUGACAAGCCGAGGCGGUGAGCCGGGCGGAGGAGGGAGCUUCCCCUCAGGGUUUCGGGAACCACAGUCUCACCUGGAAAGAUGGAUACAGAACACCCCAGAAACCACGCAGCCGCCACCGCACCACCAGCAAAACAAUCCUUAAUCCAGAAACCUGAAGUGAAGGAAGAGGAGCCUCUGCGCUGAGCACUUUGGGUCCGGAGGGCAAGACUCCGGCGGAAGCAUUCCCGGGCGGGUGACCAAACACGGCCCCUCUUGGAAUCGGAUCGCCAUUGUGUUUUCCUUGCUGCUAAAUCACCGAGCCCGGAAGAUUAGAGAGUUUUAUUUCUGGGAUUCUUGCAGACACACCCACACGCAUACAUACGUUUAUAUAUAUACAUAUAUAUAUAAAUAUAUAUAUUAUAUAUAUAUAAAGUAUAUAUAUUCUUUGUUUAAAUUAACAUUGCUAACGUUAUUGGUGUCUUCACUGGAUGUAUUUGACUGCUGUGGACUUGCCUUGGGAGGAGAGCAACCCACCCAGAUCCUGACAGGGAGAGUAGGAGGGGAGACUGGCGUGACCCUUUAUUCCUUUCCGGCAGGCCAGGACUGCCUCCCCUGUCUGGGAACGUGCAAGGCCAGGGCACGGGGGCAAAUUUGGCCCGCUUUGGGGAACACUGACAAACCCAGCCCUGGCCCUGAGCCGCUACCCUGAGUCCAAUGGACGGAAAGACAGCAGGUACAGGGACAAGGAGGCUGGCAUCUGAGCAGGAGUUUGGGGAGCCUCGGGACAUGGCCAUGCUUUGGGGCUCCCCUCCAUACCCCGCACGGGCCUCUUGCCCCCAGGAGCACUGCCUGGAAGAUUCAGGAGCCUGGGCAGCCUUCACCUACUCUCACCUGCAUCGGAGAGGCCCAGGAGGCCACUGACAGAUGCUGCGGAGAAGAGAAGAGAUGUUGGCAGGCAGAGGGGCGGCCUGGUGGCAGCCCCUGCCUCGGAGGGGGGCCUCCCUGCUUCUGCCCUCUUCCUGCUCCCCGUCGUCCCGGGUGCAGCCCCGGGGGGCCUGCUGGCCUCAGACCACGAGAACCACUAGUUCUGUCCCCCCAGGAGGCCUGGCUGCGUGUGUGAGUGGCUGACCCUUGGUUCCCCAACCCUUUCCUUUCUGCGUCACUGAGAGCCAGGGCAGGAGCCACGUGCCUGCCAUGGAGGCAGAGAAAAGAGAAAGUGUUUUAUAUGCGGUACCUAUUUAAUAUUCCUUUUAAAUUAGAAAUUAAAACAGUUAAUUUAAUUAAAGAGUAGGGUUUUUUUUCCAGUAUUCUCGGUUAAUAUUUAAUUUCAACUAUUUAUGAGAUGUAUCUCUCACUUGCUCUCGCUCGUUCUCUCUUAUUUGUAUUGGUUUUUGUGUAUAAAAUUCAUGUUUCUAAUCGCUCUCUCCCUGAUCGGCGACAGUCACUAGCAUGUCCUGAAAAAAAUAUUUAAUUUUGCUAACACUCAGCUCUGUCCCCCCCACCCCAAAAUCUCCUCAGCUCCCCUCCACACAUUCCUUUGAAAUAAGGUUUCAGUAUACAUCUACAUACUAUAUAUAUAUUUGGCUACAUGUGUUUGUAUAUAUAUAUAUAUACAUAUAUAUAUGUUUAUGUAUAUAUGUGAUUCUGAUAAAAUAGACAUCGCUAUUCUGUUUUUUAUAUGUAAAAACAAAACAAGAAAAAAUAGAGAAUUCUACAUACUAAAUCUCUCUCCUUUUUUAAUUUUAAUAUUUGUUAUCAUUUAUUUAUUGGUGCUACUGUUUGUCCGUAAUAAUUGUGGGGGUAAAAAAAAGAUAUUAACAUCACAUCUUUGUCUCUAGUGCAGUUUUUUUGAAAUAUUCCGUAGUACAUAUUUAUUUUUAAACAACAACCAGAAAUACAGAUAUAUCUUAAAAAAAG